AUGGAUGUAUCUAGCAGCUUAGCGACUAAAUAUAAGCAUCAUGUUGGACGCGUACGUUCAGGAACAUUUUCAUCAAAUAAUGACACCAAUAACGUGACUGUUUAUAAAUCACCACCAGCUUCUUCGAUUGCCGAGAAAAACGCACAAUAUUCGUUUUCGAGUAAUGUUGUCAAACCAAGAAAAGCUGUGAAAUUCAAUCAACGCAGUCGGGUAUCUCCAUCCACCAUAGAUCUACCGCCGAACAUGAAGCAACAACUUAAGCCAAGCACUAAGCGUUUGCGUCAAAUUCCAUGCCGAAGAGCCUGGUGUGUGUUUUGUUCCGCAGUCAUGUGUGGUAUUUUUUUGGCUGCAGUGAUAAGUACUAUACUGGUAGUAAUACUACCACACGGGACUACGACAACAACUACAUCGACUACCUCCACCACAACAACAACAGCAACAACGAUACCAUCAUGUACAAGUCCAAAUACAGCAGGAGCAAUUUUUAGCUUUGCUUCUGGCUCUGCCCCAACCACCUAUACACUUUAUACACAUGGUUUCACUGCUGCUGGUUCUUCAGCAACUCUAUCAUUUAUCAUGACAGGUGACAGUGGACCUGCUUUGCACCAUUGGCUACUGGACACUGUAUCGGUCAAUGAUACAGUUAAUAAUGCAAAUAUACUUGUCAAUGGUGGAUUUUCGACGGGCACCCUCACUGGUUGGACACAAUAUUGUGCUACUAAUGCUAAUUGUGGUGGAACUAGCACUGAUUACGGCCAACUAACGACGAGUACUUGUCAAACAGGAUCGUACUGCUACGUAGAUAAAUGUAACAAUUAUGAUUAUCUGAUUCAAUUAUUUAACACGACAAUUGGAAACUACUAUAUAAUAUCAUUUUAUUUGAGAAUUUUUGCCAAUGGAGGUCCACAUUCAGCAUACGUUAUGUUGGCCUAA